AUGGUCUUCUCGUCGUCAAAGAAAGCCCCUGAGGCCGAGGUGAAGGAUCCCUCGGCCUUUGUGGACCACGAAACAUCAAGCGAUGAUGGUCAUGAUGUCUACCAAACCAGCGAAGGCCGCCGACAGAUCGGUCUUGUGAGCGCCAUCUUUCUCAUCUUCAACCGCAUGAUUGGAACUGGUAUUUUUGCUACACCCAGUAGUAUUGUGGCAAGCUGUGGAAGUAUUGGUCUUGCCUUGUUCAUUUGGGUAGCCGGUUUGAUCAUUGCCGCAGCCGGUAUGGCCGUCUACCUCGAAUUUGGCACGGCACUUCCCAGAAACGGUGGAGAGAAGAACUACCUCGAGCACGUGUUCAAGAAGCCUAGAUUCUUGGUCACUGGUCUUUACACUGGAUACGUUGUACUCCUAGGAUGGGCUGGCUCCAACAGUGUCGUCUUCGGCGAAUACAUUCUCAACGCCGCCCAGGUCCCUGUCAACCGCUGGAACCAGAGAGGUAUUGGUCUCGCAUGUAUCACCUCGGCUUUCCUCGUCCACGGUCUCGCUCUCAAGUGGGGUCUUCGUCUGCAAAAUGUUCUUGGUGUCAUCAAGCUUAUCAUUCUGCUCAUCAUCGUCUUCUCUGGCUUUGCCGCACUCGGAGGCAAGCUACGCAUCGAAAAGCCCAACAACUUCGACAACGCCUUCGAAGGUACUACUGGCUCCGCAUAUGGAGUAGUCACCGCGCUGUACAAUGUCAUCUGGUCUUUCAUCGGCUACAGCAACGCCAACUACUCUAUGUCCGAAAUGAAGAACCCAGUGCGCACACUGAAGAUCGCAGCACCAAGCGCUAUCCUGAUCGUCGGCACUCUUUACAUUCUGGCCAACAUCGCAUACUUCGCUGCAGUCCCUAAGGAAGAUAUCAUCAGCAGUGGCCGUAUCUUGGCCGCCCAAUUCUUCCGCAACAUGUUUGGCCCUAGAGCAGAACGCGCAUUGAGUGUGUUCGUUGCUCUUUCGGCAUACGGAAAUGUGCUAUCUGUUAUCUUCUCCCAGGGCAGACUUGUGCAGGAACUCGGUCGCGAAGGCAUUCUACCAUUCAGCAGACUAUGGGCCAGCAACAAGCCCUUCAACGCUCCCUUCAUGGGUCUCUUUGAGCACUGGCUGGUUUCGGUCAUCAUCAUGCUGGCUCCUCCUCCCGGUGAUGCCUACAACUUCAUCUUGAACGUCAUCUCCUACCCACUUUCGGUCGUCAACGUCUUCGUCUCGAUCGCUCUCAUCUGGAUCUACACCCACCGCGAGCAGUUCAACUGGAACCCUCCGGUCAAGGCCACUCUUCCAGUGACCAUCUUCUUCUUCCUCAGCAACGUCUACCUCGUCAUCGCACCAUUUGUUCCUCCCCCAACUCCCGAAUUGAACCAGUACAAGUCGCUACCUUACUACCUUCACUGCGUUGUCGGUCUGGCUAUCAUCGCAGCUGGAGGUGUCUAUUGGGUGUUCUGGGCUGUCCUUCUGCCUAAGAUCGGAGGCUACCGUCUCGAGAAGGAGGUUCACAAGGAUGCUGAAGGCUGGACCAGGAACGUCUUCAUCAAGGUUCCUAAGCACCAGGUUCCUACUGAGGGUAGCACCUUCUGA